UCCUCAAGGCCCUGUUAUAGCAUCACUGCCCAGUCCUUAUUACCACUUCGACAUAAACCAAGUCAUUCUGACUAAAAAUUUCAUUUUCACUCAGAAUAUCAUUAAAACGGCAAUCCAGAAAGAGAGCGGGAACGAGAAAGAAGCAUGGCAACUGGAACUAUGGAGGUCUUGCUUGUGAAUGCAAAGGGUCUUGGAGACACUGAUUUCAUUGGUGACAUGGAUCCUUAUGUACUGAUUCAAUUCAAAGGGCAAGAGUGUAAGAGCAUAGUAGCCAGAGGACAGGGCAGUAACCCAUCAUGGAACGAAAAAUUCAGCUUUAGGGCAGAGUAUCCAGGUUCUGGAGACAACUUCAAGCUCAUCCUCAAAAUUCUGGACAAGGACACUUUCUCGGCUGAUGAUUUCAUCGGCCAAGCUACGAUCUAUGUGGAGGAUUUAUUGGCAUUAGGAGCUGAGAAUGGAGCUGCUGAAUUACAUACUCGCAAAUACAGUGUCAUCAGCGCGGACCAAACUUAUCGAGGAGAGAUUCAAGUUGGUGUAACUUUCACCAUCAAGGGAGAAGCGAAAAAUGAUGGAGGAAAGUUCGGAGGAUGGAGGGAAAGCAAUUUCUAGUUUUCCUUUGUUAACAAUGAAAUUUCCUUUCUCCUCGUUUUCGGUGUCUAGUAGCUAGUGACAUUUCGUUGGAGUCAUUAAUAAUGCAAUUGUUUUUUAAUUAAAUUAAAAAAAAAUUAGUUGUAUUGUCA